AUGGCACCUCAUGCGGAGCACGAUGACAACUGCGUUGCUAAACAAUUGGCCGCGGGAGUUGAAGAUGCCGGGCUUAACACAAUCUUAAUUACGAAGAUUAUAAAUUGCGAUGCCGAGGCAAGUGCCGAACUUUUCCGUGCCUGCAAAGAUUUAGGCUUCUUCUAUCUCGACAUUUUUGAGCAUGCCCUUCGAAAUGCCGCCCGAGACAAGCCUGUCAACCUGCCUAAGGCCUUUCAAGAGAGACGUGAGCUAUUCGAAGCCACUAACAAAAGUCUCGGCGAUAUUGGAAGGGUUCUCCUUGACAGUCUAUCUCGGUCUCUCGAACUUGAUGCCAAGGAUAACCUCGCCCGACACCAUCACCAGGACCAUGCCUCUCCUACUGCCCUGGGAUUGCUGAAAUACCUGCCUUACAAUCCAGCUGCAGAAGAGGUUGGCCAUGUAUCGCACACUGAUAUUGGGAGUCUCUCUAUGGUCUUCUCCGAAGUCGGUGGACUCCAAGUCUACCACCCGGAAAGGAAGGCAUGGGUGUUUAUUCCACCAAAGCCCGGCCAUACUGUGUGCAAUAUUGGAGAUUCGGUUGAGUUCCUGUCUAACAAGGCCCUCCGAUCAUCGCUCCACCGUGUCAUUCCGCACCCUGCUGAGAAGGGGAAGUCCAAGAUGACGGUCGUCUACCUUAUGAGGCCGGACACAGACACGGUUUUUAUAGACCGUGAGGGAAAGAAGUGGCGUAGUGUUGAUUGGCACAACAUGAAGAACAGGCUAUUUACUGAAGAUUUGGACUCCCAGGCCAGCAACCUUGCUUUGACUGGACGCUUAGGCCUGGACGAUCUCUGGGACGAGAAGGAGGUUUAA